AUGCCACUCGUCAAGCGAAAGCCCGUCGAACUCUACCCGCCGCCCGAGGCCACCGGCUUCGAAGACCCCGAUGUCUUCUACCUAGCCGCUACGGGUGAGGUCUUUGCCGACUUUGAGACGUAUUCGAAUCGUCUCAGCUUCUACCAACAAAAGGUGUUCCAAUGCGAGCUCACCGGCAAGAUCAACCUCACCUACUUCGAAGCGCUCAAGAGCGAACGCAAGGAAGCCAUUGCCCUGCACAAGAUCUUUCCGGAGCAGCUCAAAGGUCCCGUCCUCAAGUCGGCUCAGUUCCAGAUCACAGGUCGUAUCGACGAACUCGUUGACCGCGUCUAUGAUCGCUUCAAAAAUCGCUUCUUUCCCGGAGAGACCGUCUUCUUUGAUCUCAAGGGCGAAAAGUACUAUGCCCGCCUCAGCAAAGCCGAUGCUCCCGUCAAGGCUGCUGCAGUUCCGAACGGGGACAAUGCCGACAUGGAAGUGAAGCCAGAGCCAAAUGGAGACGCUGCCUCUUCCGCCUCUUCACCACGCCAAUCCCCUUCACCGACUCCGAUCCACACUAUCGGCACCAACUUGACACUCGAGCUGGAGCAGGCCAACCAGCUGGAUGAUCCAACUCAGUACGUCUACACUGUCGAUCUCAUCGAUGACGAGGAUGAGCCCACAGGAGGCACGCACAUCACUUCGUCCGACAAGCUCAGCCGAGAUCGACUAGCAUUCUCCAAGACCAUCUUGCGCAAGUACCUUCGCGAUUGUAUCAUCCGCGCAGCCAACAUCGGUGCAGAGUGGAGGGUCAAGGAGUGGUUGGCCCUCAAGUAUGGCAUCCCAUUGGAGCCCACGGAUGAGAUCACAAGACUGAAUGAGGAGCUCAAGGAUGCCAAGCUCUCGAAGCGAAAGAAGUACCUGCUCCUCACCGACGGUGAAGACUCUUCCGCAUCCACCAGCAAAAAGGCCCGAUCUGACGGCAAGAAGCUCAGUGCCACUGCCCAGCGAAAAGCCGACGAGGCGGAGAAAGCCGCGAUCGAGAAGGCGAGGGAGGAAGAGAGGCUGCGCAAGAAGAACAUCAAGUAUCCGAUCGAGGAUCUUGAACUCGAUCCUAUCACAAAGCGGGAGCUCAUGUUCAAGAUGGUUGGCGAGCUCGAACGACGAAAGGAACGACCUCUUCCUGCUCGCGGUGAUUUGGCGCUGACAAUGCCCAAGGAAUUAUUCGAGACCUUCCUUGGCACCUACUUCUUCCUCAUAUCCAAGGGCAAGCCGCUUCUCCUUUCACCUUUCACGAUGGACGACUAUGAGCAGGCGCUCCAGCACAGAUUCUCAGAUCCGACUUGCACACUCAUCAACGAGAUUCAUCGUACUCUGAUCAACCUCAUCGUCCGCGACGGCGGCUCCAGUCUGGUCACCAACACUCCUGCCCUGGUUGCCAGCCUCGACGCAAACUCGUCCCUACUUCUGGACGGUGCCAAGGUUGAAGCUGCAGACGAGACCAACAGCGACGCCGAUUCCGAUGUGGACGAACUCGAGCCGAGCCAGAACGGCGUCCACGUCAACGGCAACGGUGCCUCCAGCAGCAACAACAACCACUCAGAGGAAGCCGAAGCCAUCGCCAGCCUUCUCGAGGCCGCACGUGCGCUGAGUUCAGGGUGGGAGAAGCUUGUCAUUCGUCCCGACAAUCGCCGCGAGCGAUGGGAGAACAGCCUGGUCGGUCUUAUCGCCGCUCGCGGAACGCCAGAUCUGCUCCCUCGCAUGAUCGGAAUCUUAUCACACCUGACUGCAGUUGAGCACGCUGAGGGGUACAUCGACGGCAAGUUCGAAGCCGAGCUCUACGAGUCCCCUACGCAGCGGUACCCGCUCUUGGAGCUGGCCGACAAGCUGCAGAUCAUCGACUUCCUGUGCGUGCUCGCCGUGGAGAGCAAGUCGAUCAAGGCGUUCUACGAAGAGUGCGAGGCGCAGCUGACGGAGCUGAGGAAGGAAAGGAUCGAGGUGAGCCGAGCCAAGAAGGACCUGGCGGCACAAUGGGACGAGUUCGAAGGCAACAACAAGGACGAGGAGAAGGAUGGCGAGGAGGGCGGCGAAGCGGAAGAAGGCGAAGGCGAGGAGGGAGAAGAAAUCGAUGAGGAGGCGGAAGACGACGACGAAGAAGAGGAGGAAGAGGACGAGCUGGCCUCUGACUCGGACACCCGGUCGACCCGCGAAGACUCGUCCUUCUCUGACAGCGGUCGCGGUGGCGCACGUGGUGGCGGCUCGCGACAAGAGAUCCUCCGUCAGAAGGCCAUGGAGAAGCAGGCGCAAGAAGCCGCACGCCGAGUCGAAGAAGCCAAGGCACGCGAAGCGCACAAAGCCAAGCUCGCCGAGAACAAGGUCCUCACCGCGCAACGUCGAAAGCUUGAGGACGAGGAUACCAAGCUGGCACGUCGCGACGAGACGAUCGAGCGCGACUACCGCCGCCUCAUCCUCGCCUCGCGCAUGACGCCGCUCGGCCGCGAUCGCUUUGGCGACAAGUACUGGUGGUUCGACGGGGUUGGCUCCAGCAGCGUGCUCACUGCCUCGGACAAGCCGACCUACCAAACGGGUCGACUCUUCGUCCAAGGCGCAACCCAGUCCGAAACCCUGCUGCUGAUCCCAGACCCACCCGUGCCGGCACCCAAACCCUCCCCCUACGCACACCUCUUCCACCAACCCGUCACGCUGGACCUCAUCACGUCUCGCAAAGAGUCCGAGCUGACCCCUUCGGGGACCUUAGCCGAGUCGGAAUGGGCAGUGUACAGCGACCCGAACGAGAUCGAGCAGCUGUUUGCCUGGCUCCGACCCAAGGGGCAUCGCGAACACGCCCUCAAGCGCGAACUCACCAAGUUCAAGGGGUACAUCGAAAACGGGAUGCGCAAGCGACAGGCGGACCUCACGGCGCAUCUCAAGGAUAAUUUCUCAGACGCGGUCCGACGCAGCGCGAGGUCUUCCAAAGAUCCUACACUCAACGCCAGGCUGGGAUAUAUGACCUGGAAGAACGCCCUGGACAAGGGCAAGUAG